AUGGCCGGCUCUGAGAACAGUUUGCCGUUUGGCUUCAACUUCACGAAGACUGUUCACACCACCCCAUACCCAGCCAUCUCGCCCUCUCGCGCCGAGCUAUCCCAGAAGGGGAAGACAGUACUCAUCACAGGCGGUCACACUGGAAUUGGAUGGGCCACUGCGCGUGCCUUUGCUCAGGCUGGUGCAGAGAAAAUCGUCAUCGUCGCCCGCCGGGAAAACGUGGUUGCAUCUGCUGCAUCUCGACUUGCCUCUGAGUUUCCUUCGUCCAAAGUUAUCGGAUAUCCAUGUGAUAUAGCCGACCUCGCAUCUGUUGAUCAGUUGUGGAAAAAACUUGCGAAAGACGGAACUUUGAUUGACGUUGUGGUACUCAACGCCGCAAAGGUCACGGUAGGGCCAAUUCUCGACCUCACUCGGGACACUGCCUGGAGUGAUUAUCUCCUCCAUGUCCGAUCGAAUCUCGAUUUUGUUCAACGAUUGGUCAAACAGCCAGGCGCCGAAGGCCGCCCGAAAGUGCUGAUCAAUCUAACUUCGAUUGCCAUACAUGAGAACAAAAUGACCGGCGCAUACCCCAACUACAGUGCCUCCAAAAGCGCCGGAACUAUGCUGAUGCAGCAAGUGGCUAAGGAUGUGAACCCUGAUGAGCUUCAGAUCAUCAGUUUCCAUCCAGGCGGCAUCUUCACGGAGUUGGCGGAACAAUCUGGCUUCAAAAAGGAGGAGGCGCAAUGGGACGAUGAGAAUUUACCCGGGCAGUUUGCUGUUUGGGCGGCCUCUCCCGAGGCACGCUUCCUGCAUGGCCGCUUCGUGUGGGCAAAGUGGGAUGUGGAUGAGCUCCGGGGAGGGCCGCUGCGGAAACGAAUUGACGAGGAUGAUGAGUUCCUCAAGGUUGGAGUUAACGGGAUUCAGGAAUGGGAGAAGGCUGGCAAGACUGCAUGA